UCUGCGCCAUAACGAGGUGUGUGUCGCGUAUCGAUGACGUCUUAUCGUUUACACCGUGCAGACUGAUUUCACACCAAAACUCCGGAGAUGUCCUCUUUUUGUGGCACUAGUGAUGACUUUGAAGAUGCAGGUCAAGAGGCCACAGAAAAAAAGGACGUCGAACAUCCACGUGUACUGAUUCCUGAGUUAUGUCGGCUCUUCUACCAGCUGGGAUGGGUGACGGGGACGGGUGGUGGGAUCAGUCUGAGACGAGGAGACCAGAUCUAUAUCGCACCAUCAGGUGUUCAGAAAGAGAGAAUCCAGCCUGAAGACAUGUUUGUGUGUGACAUGGAGGAGAAGGACAUCAGCUGUCCACCUGCCUGGAAGAAGCUAAAGAAGAGCCAGUGUACACCACUUUUUAUGAACGCCUAUACUAUGAGAGGGGCACAGGCAGUUAUACACACCCACUCGAAGGCUGCUGUCAUGGCAACGCUGCUCUAUCCUGGCAAAGAGUUCAGGGUAACACACCAGGAGAUGAUCAAGGGGAUUCGUAAGGGCACCUCAGGCACAAACUAUCGGUAUGAUGACAUCCUGGUUGUGCCAAUUAUUGAAAAUACACCAGAGGAGAAGGACUUGAAAGACCGGAUGGCUCGGGCAAUGGAAGAAUACCCAGAUUCAUGUGCAGUUCUCGUUCGCCGACAUGGUGUCUAUGUGUGGGGCGAGUCGUGGGAGAAAGCGAAGACCAUGUGUGAAUGCUACGAUUACUUGUUUGACAUUGCAGUCCAGAUGAAGCAAUGUGGACUGGACCCUUCUUCCCCUCCAAUGGAAGAAAAGGGAAUAGUUUGAUAUUCGAUGGUGCUUUUCUAAAGAGACAUGUGUAGCAGAAAGGUUAGAGGAGUUCAAUCAGGAGAGCAGAUUGUAAUCAUUUGCCUUUCAUGCCAGCCUGCUUCAAAUUUGAGGAAAUUUGAUGGUAAGGGUAGAUUCAGGAUUGAAGGAGAUUGAAUGCCUGCGAUCUGGAAGCAUCUGAAGGAACACUGUGAAGCACUGUGGGACAACUCAUGAGUGAGCAGCUGUCAAAUCAAUGUCCUUGGGUUCAAAUGUUUUUCUAUUCAAGUCUGACUGGAUUGAAAUCAAGGCCUCGGUGUAUACCAGGCAUGAACGUCACACUGCAUUUCAUUGAUUGCUUCAGUCGAUAUAUAAAAAAUAAAUAAAUAAAAUGUGUA